GAUCAGAUGCUUCAUAGGAUAUCCGUGUUCCGGGACUUGAAAGAGACUGCUACAAAUGUUCAAGACAUUUAUUUCUCCCCCUCCAAGCAACCUCUUCACAUACAGGCAGAUAAUCUGUGGUCCAAGAACACAGAGGUUGACUUCCGGAUCAAACAGGUCGCACUCGGGCUGGACUCGAGUCUGACCAUGAAGAACCAAUACUUCAGGGAUGCGUAUUUUCAGUACGAUUACGCGAAGUACCGGCUACCGAGAAACUCAGUGAUUUGUCUGUUAGUAGAGCUCAACUCCGGGCUCUUUCUAAAGAGGUCAGAAAAUUGGAUGAUCGGUAUAUCGACACGAAGCUUAUAGCAAACACAGCAUCUCGAGAUCACUACGGAAAUAUGUUCAGUAAUUCAGAGGAGUUUCGGGAACAAUCAAAAGAAAUUAAAAAUAGGGAGCGUGAAUCACACAAAUCAUUAAAAAACCAAACUGGCCGAGUGCGGGCACUAUCAAUUACUCUAGCUGAACUCCAGUACGAUGAAGUAGAUGAUUCUUUGCUGGUAGAGACACGCAUCAGCCUGGACCAUGCAAGUUAUGUGGUCGAUAAGUUCCUGGGAUGGAAGGAGGAGGUUGAGGAGAAAGUCAGGGUCGUUGGACGAGAAAUAGUCAGAGCUACUUCAACAAUAAGAAUACAGAAUCUGAGUUUGUUGAUAUCAGACAUGAGGUUUCUGCAGCAGUCUGUGGUGGACCUUCCCGGUACCCUAACUACCCCCUUACCUCUGGACUCUUCGACAUGCCAAAACACGGCGAAGUUGGUACGGUCGAUGUUUAACAUGUUCUCGAUAGUCCUCCUUCCCCAAGCUGUCCGAGAGAUAUCUCUUAUCAGGGAGAUAAUAUCAAACAUAGACACGGUAGCAGAGAUGCAGGAGCUUACUGUCAAGUAUCGCAACACCGAGAAGCUGGCGGCCAGGGUCCGGACUCAAGCCAACAGGGCCGACAAGAGAAAAAUACCUCGUUUGAAGAGUUCGAUGCAAGUUUGUAAUCAUCGUUUAAAAGAGUUGACCGAUCAAAACAAAAUAGAUGAGGACAGACUGAAGAGGGUGAAAACGCACCUUCAGUUACUGACCACCAGCAAAGUGCAUCCCAACGACUCACACCAAGUUAAAAUGAAUCAGCUGGAAGAAGAUCUCACUAAUCUAACUCUGAAGAAAAGAAAAUUUAGGUCUUUGGAAAAGAGUAUUAAUACUUCCAUGGACCGAAUGCAGCGGAAAAUAGAUGCUGUCAAGAUUAAAGUUUUGGCGUUCGAAAGUAUAAGGUUUGAUAAAAACGACUGGUCGAGAUACACUCUUCCGAGCCAAGUGCAGGAGAUAAGGCUUGGUUUUAGAUCGGACAGAAAAACUGGCACUAUUCUCUCCAUAGGACAGACAGGAACUGAAGAGGAUCUGUUGAUUUCUAUCUCCCAAAAUACCCUCUCCUUCACGUGCUACGAGCCCAUGACACUACCCAUGUACACACUGUGCCCAGAGUCAGACUCAUCCCCGUGUUACCCCAAACUUGGUUCCAUCAGCUACAGUGAGUGGUACGAUCCGCGAGCCACUUUCGAUCCUACUCUCUUUGCUUCUCUUCAAAUAAUCUUUCAAUAUGGUGCGGUGACAGUGAACGCGUACCAAAAAGAAAAACUCUUCUUCUCCCAAAGUGCACCCUGCAUGAUAACUCCCGAGUCUCUAGCCCUCACCAAGCGCCCCAGCUCGGGUAGCGGCUUGAUAGGACCAGGAUUUGCGGGUUGUAUAACCCAGCUUCAAAUCAACAGGUCCCCUAUAGGAAUCAGACAAGCUAAUCACACAUUUGGACACUUGAGAAGGUGCGAGGAUAAGGGCUACGUUCAGAAGAGUGUUCGGGAGUCCGAGUGCGGAAUGAGUUACCUCGCCCUCGCCUCAGAAACCCUUCUCCAGCCUUCUUACUCCGAGAAACUCCGCUUCAGUGUACUGAUCAGCUCUCUCGAGGAGAAAGUUACUGUCAUGUCUGUCGGUCAGCUGAAGAUAACCGCCCGACAGGGCAAAAUCUUCGGCACUUGUAAUCAUCUGAAGAUCAGGAUCACAUUUAGAAACGUUUACACGACAAGUGAAUCUUUUGAAAUGGCUCUAGAAGUGUUUGAUAAUUACAUUUCUCUGACCGUUUCCAGAACUGAUAACGAACCUAGGACGCGAAAACUUCCCUGCGUCCUUCGACCCGAGAAAAAUGAUUUUAUUGUCGGGUCAGACAGUCCUAGCAUCGAAGGAUGCAUCAAAAAACUCUAGCAAUAGUAUAUGAGAUUAUUGAUAAUGAUAGUUUAUUUAUUUGUUUUAAUUUAGAGUUAGAUCAGUAAACAUUUUUUCGUGU